CUUCCUGAGAUCUUGGUCAACUGCUUCCUUUAUAGGCCCGCCAUCUCCUUCUAUAAAUGUCUCAUCCAGAUGUACAUUGGCCUGUUUCUUGUCUCAACGGAAUGUGUCCUUCUGGCCUUCAUGGCGUAUGACCGCUUUGCAGCUAUUUGCCAGCCACUUCAUUAUAUGCAGACCAUGAGCUGGAGAUUUUGCAUCAGUUUAGUGGCUGCAGCUUUAGGCUUUUCCGCACUGACAACUCUGAUCAACAUACUGUUGCAGCCAACUGACUUCUGUGGACGAAAUGUCAUUAACCAUUUUGCAUGUGAGCUACAAUCGUUCCUCAAACUGGCGUGCUCUGACACACACACCAGUGAGCUCUUCAUGCAUGUUGUCAGCCUCUUUCUCCUAAUACCCCCCUUUGGCUUCAUUGUUGUGACAUACGGGCGCAUAGGCUGGGCUGUAAUACUCAUGCGCUCAAAAGAGGGUCGCAAGAAAGCCUUCUCCACCUGUAGCUCUCACCUUGCUGUGGUCGGUGUCUUUUAUGGUACAAUCAUGAUCAUGUACAUGAAACCCCAGCGAAAAUCUUCUUCUGAUCAAGAUAAGGUCAUCUCUUUAAUGUACGGGGUUUUAACUCCCAUGCUCAACCCCCUGAUUUACAGCUUGAGAAACAGGGACGUGAAGGGGGCUUUCUGGAGAGUGUUUGGAAGGAAAAGAUCAGAAUAA